AUGUAUGGCCACAACCUUCUUGUGGAAAACGUCAUCGACCCCUCACACAUGCACUUCGCCCACCACGGCGUUCAAGGCAAUCGAGAUGCUGUCAAGCCUCUGAGAAUUACCCGACUGCGUGCCAAAGGUGGAGGGCAGCCAGCCCCACUGCAGUUUGAAGUCCAGUCAUUGGGGGUGCCCCCAGGGAGCGGGAAGCGCAAUUUGGACUUAAUUUUCCCCACAGCCGUCAUUUACUGCUAUGGAUCGCUGGGGAAGGGGGCGCUGCCCUCACUUGUGGCAACCACCUAUUGCACCUCUACGUCUCCGGGCAGGUGUCGUCUCCUUGGCCAGUCAUUCCGCAGACACGGUCAAGAGGCGCUUGGCGACUGGAAGAGGCUGCUUCUAAGGAGGCUGGCCACAAUCCUCAAUGGGGGCAAACAGCCCGUGUGGUUCUUCCACCUGGAGAGCAACGAGUUGCUGGACGGGGACAUGACUCUGCUGCACAACCAGGGCCACACGAUGGAGCGGAUGCGGAAGGUCAGAGGGGAACUUAAACACCAGGACAUUUACUAUUUGGCUGCGGGGGCGGACAGGGCUGUCGUCGACUUGCUGGAGUGGUACCAUGACCCCGCCAGGGGUGGGGGUGGACGCAGGGGACCUGGGGGGGAGCUGCUGACAGAUGGCCCGGAGAAGACCAGGGAGGAGGUCAUUCUGGACAGGUACGAACAGCAUACCAGGCACUGCCGCUCUUGCAGUGGCGCUCUGCAUGUUGUUGAGUCUCUAAAGCCCAUUGCGCAGUGGGCAUUGGUCAUUCUGGCAGCCACAUUUUUCUCCCUGGCGUUCAGAGCCGGAUUUGGUGUGGCCGUGCUGUCCCAAGGCUGGCCCCUUAUCCUGUGUGCCGUCGUUUGCGUGUUUACUGUACAACUGCUUACUGGGAUACACAGGAGGCUGAGGUUCACGCCAUAUGAGCAUCACAGCAGAUAG